AUGGCCUCCAUCGGCACCCUCUACUCGACCCCCGUCCACGCGACAGGCAUCCGGAUUCGUGCCGUGGCUGCCUUCGCGGGCCUCAAGGUUGAUCUCCCCGAGUCCUACGUCCACUUUGAGGACAACAAGAAGCCCGAGUUCCUGGCCAAGUUUCCCCACGGCAAAAUCCCGCGUUCGAGAGCACCGAUGGCUUCCUGCUUCGCGUCUCUCGCCCCCAACUCCAACCUCAUUCCCUCUGACCCCAAGGCCGCCGCGCUAGUUGAUCAGUGGAUCUCGGUCUCAGACGCCGAGAUUGGCACGUACAACAAUCUCACCUUCUUGCUUGUCCGCGGAAUGAUCACUCCCUACGCCAAGCCGUUCCACGCCACCUUGACCGAGCGCCUGAUUCGCGGCUUGGAGACCGUUGAAAGCUACCUUGCCACCCACACUUUCCUCGUCGGCGAACGCAUCACUCUUGCCGACAUCACCUUCGCCUCCGUCAUCCUCCGCGCUCUUCAGGUCUCUCUGGAUGCUUCCCUCCGGGCACAGUUCCCCCACAUCAUGCGUCACUUCGAGACCAUCGUCAACCAGCCCAGCAUGAAGGAGGCGUGGGGCGAGAUUACCUACAUCGAGAAGGCUCUCGCCUUCGUUCCUCCUGCUAAGGAGAAGAAGGAGCCCAAGCCCGCCCCUCCUCCUGCGCCCAAGGCGGAGAAGCCGAAGAAGCCUGCCGCCGAAGAGGACGACGACGACGACAUCCCAGGGAUGAGCCCAAGGCGAAGAACCCCCUCGACUCCCUCCCCAAGACUGGAAACGCGCUACUCCAACAAGGAUACGCGUGGGGCUGACGGUGCGCUCGAGUGGUUCUACGCCAACAACGACACUGAGGGCUACUCGGUCUGGCGCGUGGACUUCAAGUACAACAACGAGCUCACGCAGACGUUCAUGUCGGCGAAUCAAAUCGGUGGCUUCUUCAACCGCCUCGAGGCAUCGCGCAAAUACCUGUUCGGGUCCAUGGGCGUCCUCGGCCAGACUAACGACUCGAUCAUCACCGGCACGCUCAUUCUGCGUGGACAGGACUUCAAGCCCGUUGUUGACGUCGCGCCCGACUGGGAGUCGUACGAGUACAAGCGUCUCGACCUCAGCAACGCCGAUGAUAAGGCAUUCUUCGAGGGCGCGCUGGCGUGGGACCUCGAGGUAGACGGUAAGAAGUGGGCGGAUGGCAAGAACUGCUGA